UCGUCUGCUCUUCUGAAGCAAACAGCAUGGGUGCGAACCGAAUGUGCUCUGGUGCUACGUGGAGGUGCCACGGCAGCACCGGCUGCCUACAGUUCGUUGAUAUCGGAUGUCGAUUCCAUCGCUCAGCAGCAUGAUAAUCUACGUGCUUUUUCCAUUGUCGCACGGGAACUGACAGCGUUCUGGUGCAGGAUUUCUGAUGCGAAGUUUGGUGAGGCUCUCGUAACUGCAUGGAACGCUUACAUUGAAGCCAAUCCCGAAUCCGCUCUUGUGCUUACAUCUCUCAACACUUUGAUUGGAUCACUCAACGCCGAUCAGUUGACUACAGCGUUGAAAGUUAUGGAAAAGACAAUUUGCGCAUAUUUCAACCGGCAUUCGACAUCAUGGACAACACUUAUGCAGUGGGCACAAUGUCCAAACAACUUAACUAUAAACGUUCGAGAUUAUUUGUUAAGUGUUUCGGGCAGCAACAAAGCGCACCCGCUCAUGCUUACUGCGGCAUGGUUUUUGAGGUUCACAUUACCGAGUGAUGCUACAGCUUCAGCGCUUCACGCAUUUGUCAUCAGCAUUAAGCCGAAGUAA